GAGGGAGUUAGGCCUUGGGAAUUGAAAGAGAUAGCCGAAAAAGUGGGCAACGGCGACGUGGGCGAGAGUGGCGGCGAGAGUGGUAACGGUAACGGGCGGCGAGAGUGGCAGGGAAAAUGGCGAGAGCGCCAACGGCGACGUCGGCGAGAGUGGCGAGAAUGGUGGGGAGAAUGGCGACGGUGGCGAGAGUGGCAAUGGCGGCGGGGAGAAUGGUGCAAACGACAACGGCGGCGGCGAGAAUGGCAGCGGCGGCUCGCACUUCAGCGUCGGUGGGUGCAUCAGCAUGUCCAUCUCCACCUCCAACACCGAAUACGUCGGCGAAGACCGUAUCCGUAACCGCCUUCGCCCGCGUCGCGACCGAGUUCAGAGUAUGAAGGAGGUAGAAGUCCACCUCGACCUUGAUCUUGAAGAAGGCGACUUUGAGUACGAUUAUGAAGACGGCAAUGACGACGAUGACAACGACAGCGACUACGAAGGCGGUGGAGGGAACCGGCAUAGGGGAAAUGUGAAGGAAAAACAAAAGACUUCGAAGCACAGGAAGAUCCUUUGGGGCCCCGCUCUCCCAGAGAUGGAAGCCAGUGUUCUCUUUUCCCAUAGCAUGCGUGAAUACCUCUGCAAUGAGGUAGUGCGUGCCAUUGAGAACAAUGUUUGGAUCUUUGACCACUUAUCAUUGAGUGAGCUGGCUGCGAAACCGAAGAAUGCUGACUGCACCAACUUGAGCAUUGAGGAUGUGGACGAUAUCAAAAGUGGGAGGGUGCCGUCAAUUGGAGUGGACAAGGACGGGAAGGCGUUGUUCAUGUUCCUCCCUGGAAUCAUUGGGCAGGGGUGGCAGCUGGGUUUUGUGAAGGUGGCAAAAAAGGUGGUGAAGAAUUAGAAGGAACAGAAGGAGGAUUUUGGGAAGCUGUCAAAGGAUGUUUGACCUUGCCACCAGCCAACGGAUGCCAUCGAUGUCACCAGCCAAAAAGCCACCAUGCACAUCUGUGUGUGGCAGACUAUGUAUGGGGACGUUAUGACUGCACGCACAUGCACUCGGGCCCUGCCCAGUGCGACACCUAUCACUUCAUCUGCGAUCCCGGUGUGGAAUGCAUCAACUGGCUCCUCAGUGAGGCUCUUCGCCUUAUUGACCCCAUUGGCCAUUACCGUCUCACUCAAUCGAUGACCCACCUUCGGC